CCUCUGGAUGCCCCAGAGCAGAAAAGAUGGACACCUUCAGCACCAAGAAUCUGGCUCUCCAAGCUCAGAAGAAACUCCUGAGCAAGAUGGCGUCCAAGAACAUGGCGAGCAUUUUCAUUGACGACACCAGCAGCGAGAUUCUGGAUGAGCUGUACCGGGUAACCAAGGAAUUCACCCGUAACCGCAAGGAGGCCCAGAAGAUCAUCAAGAACUUGAUCAAGGUCGUCAUGAAGUUGGGGGUCCUCUACCGCAACGGACAGUUCAACUCGGACGAGCUGCUGCUGCUGGACCGCUUCCGCAAGAAGGUCCACACCCUGGCCAUGACAGCCGUCAGCUUCUACCAAAUAGACUUCACCUUUGACCGCCGGGUCAUGUCCGGCAUGCUCAACGAAUGCCGCGACCUCCUGCAUCAGGCGGUCAACACCCACCUCACGGCCAAGUCUCACUGGCGGAUCAACCACGUCUUCAACCACUUUGCAGACUACGAGUUCCUCUCGGCGCUCUACGGACCUUCUGAGCCGUACCGCAUGCACCUGCAGAGGAUCUGCGAAGGGCUGAACCAGAUGCUAGAUGAGGACAACAUAUGA